GAAGCAGGAGCAAGACGACGAGGAAGAGAAGACGAAGAAGAAGGCGACCAUGUUGAUUUAAAGGGAAAAACAAUAGACGCGAUUUAUUUGAAGUACAUUUCAGUGAUCAAAAGUGAUGAUCAAAUAGAUGUUUGGGAGCAACGGGAAAUGCAGCGUUUGCUUUAGAAUAACAGCGAACUGAGGUGACUCAUUUGAGUUGUUGGCUGGCUUUGAAUGGGAAGCCCCUUGAACACGGUCACACUCCCGCUGGUGACUCUUUGACCUCCAGACGUGUGGUGUCCAGGAGUUGAAAGCUUUUUGGCUUUGGACUAAAUCUCCCCCUUGUUCAUGUGAUACCUAUCUGGUGGAAAUAAUCUUAGUAUAUAUGAUUUUGGGGGGAAAAACUUGUACAGAGUUGGACAUCCGUCCCCCCGCCCCCCUCAAAAAGGGACACCAAGUGCACUCGGUGAACUGAAGACAGGAAGCACUAUUCAGUGUAAAAAUCAAAUAUACUGAACAAAGACUACAUUGACAAAAUUAUUCCCCCCCAGUACAGAGAUUGCCUUAGUUGUUCUAUUUCAGGACUUGAGCCACAUUUAAUACUUGUUCGCAUAUAAUUUUUCUAUAUUGUGAGCAAGUGUAUUCAUGCAAACAUCUCUUCAUUUUGAAGAGUUUCUUGUGUAUAAAAAAAAGUUUUUGUUUUUUUCCCCCUGUACGUCGGUCACUCUUGUUCAAGGAGACCAAACUGCACGUACGUGUCUAUAUGUAAAUAUCAUUGAUUGAUUGCUUAUUAAGCUGUGGACUUAAAAGAAUCUAUUGUUUGUUAAUGCUUUAUUAAUCUUUUUUACAUUUUGAAGAUUAAUUUUAGUAAGAAAAACCUACAAGGCAUAAAUACAACCUUGAAGGAAGGACUGAAAUAAAACUAGAGCAAAGAAAAUACAAAAAAAAAAGGAUCAUGGCUACAGCCAGAACAGAAAAUGUUGGCCCACUUGGCAUGGGACUGAACAAGCAGAAUGGGCAGCUCCGAGGACAGCCCAAACCAGCUUCAGUCCAGCCAGGAUCGUCAACUCAAGGAAAAGUGAUGGGUGGCUCACAGAAAGCAGGUGCCGCCUCCCAAGAAGGAGGGGGCAUCAAAUUCGGAGACGACUGGAAAAAGAGCCUCAAGCUUCCUCCUAAAGACACCCGGGUCAAAACCUCGGAUGUGACAGCUACGAAGGGGAAUGAAUUUGAGGAUUACUGUCUGAAAAGAGAGCUUCUGAUGGGCAUUUUUGAGAUGGGCUGGGAGAAGCCGUCUCCUGUGCAGGAGGAGAGUAUUCCCAUUGCCCUGUCUGGAAGAGAUAUUUUGGCUCGAGCCAAGAAUGGAACCGGAAAAAGUGGAGCCUAUCUCAUCCCAUUGCUGGAGAGGAUAGAUCUUAAAAAGAGCUACAUACAAGCAAUGGUAGUUGUGCCAACUCGAGAGUUGGCCCUGCAGGUGAGCCAGAUUUGCAUCCAGAUCAGCAAACACUUGGGAGGAGUCAAAGUCAUGGCCACCACCGGGGGAACCAACCUACGAGAUGAUAUCAUGCGCCUGGAUGAGACUGUGCAUGUGGUCAUUGCAACACCGGGUAGGAUUCUGGAUUUGAUCAAGAAAGGAGUGGCAAAGGUGGAUCGAGUCCAGAUGAUGGUGAUGGAUGAGGCCGACAAACUGCUGUCUCAGGAUUUUGUGGUGAUCAUCGAGGAUAUCAUUAGCUUCCUGGCCAAGAACAGGCAGAUCCUGCUCUACUCUGCAACCUUCCCCAUCAGUGUGCAAAAAUUCAUGGCUAAGCAUCUGCAGAAACCUUAUGAGAUCAACCUGAUGGAGGAGCUGACUCUGAAGGGCAUCACUCAGUAUUACGCCUACGUCACGGAAAGACAGAAGGUGCACUGCCUCAACACACUCUUCUCAAGGCUUCAGAUCAACCAGUCGAUCAUCUUCUGCAACUCGACACAAAGGGUGGAGCUCUUAGCUAAGAAGAUCACGCAGCUGGGCUACUCGUGCUUCUACAUCCACGCUAAGAUGAUGCAGGAAUACAGAAAUCGUGUGUUCCAUGACUUCAGAAAUGGACUCUGCAGGAACCUGGUCUGCACCGAUCUCUUCACUCGGGGUAUCGACAUUCAGGCCGUUAAUGUGGUCAUCAACUUCGACUUUCCAAGAAAUGCGGAAACGUACCUCCAUCGUAUUGGAAGAUCAGGGAGGUUCGGGCAUUUCGGUUUAGCCAUCAACCUGAUCACAUCGGAAGACCGCUUCAACCUCAAGACCAUCGAAGACCAACUGGUGACCGACAUCAAACCCAUUCCCGGCAGCAUCGAUAAGAGUCUCUACGUGGCGGAGUUCCACUCGUCCAGCGACGACUGUGAGGUGGAGGAAGUCCAAGAAAGAUCAGUACUUCAGCAGGACGGCAGCACCUAAAGCUGGACACGCCCGGGCACCUCUUCAACAUCUCGUUUUUUUUUACAGAAAAUAUCUUUAUUUGCAUCAAAUCCCAUUCUGGUCUCUGUGUUCUGCAUUUGAGCUUAUGACUCCAUUUUGAAAAUUGGAUCACUUCUGUUUUGAACCCGUCAUCAUUGGCAAUUGACAGCUGAACGGUCGGUCUUUAGCAUCAAAAACACCAGCCAUCAUUUGCGUCAACUGUUGCCACUUAAGUGCCUUACUUCCUGCCACGCACACAUUUCCUGUCAUAGCCUGUCGUGCGAACGAGAUGUCUGAAUUGAUAACGCGCCGACUUCAACCACGCAAGCAAAAAAAAAAAAAAGAGAUAACGGUACUUGUAUGCAAGGUGCGUCCAAAUUCCCUUAACCUUUUUUCUGUUGAACGUUGCAAUAAAAUCGGCAGCUUUACUCACCAUUGCGUGACAGUUUAUCCUAUUUUAAACCGAUAAGACACGCGGAACCAUUCAUGGAUGUCUGCCUGCAACAGUUUCACUUUCAUAGCGGCCUUAUGCUGUCAGUUUGUACUCAUUGGAUAAUCGUACACGGUCAGAAAAAAACAAAACGCCAUGUUUGGAAUUCCUUCAAAUGUAUCACAAACAUAAGAGGCUGGUUCAAAGCAGAAUGUUUCAAAUUGUUAUUAAGCUCAUAAAUGAUGCAGUUCCAAUCCAUAGGAUAAUUAUGGCUAUUGGUGUAAAUCAUGACUUCGAAUUUCCAACAUCUGUGCUUUUUUUUCUUUGCAAUAUGGACACUGAAGAUGGAAUCGGUUUAUUUGCGUUUCUGCCGAUCUGAAGCUAAAUUGAAAUUGGUGAAUGUAUAUGCCAACUCUGCUGCCUAGUGGAUGAACGCCAAACGCGUGAGCAUAUUAUUGGAUACCUUUUUGUGUUGCUGCUGUAGCAGUUAAAGCUGCCCCCCCCUGCUCCAUCAAUUACAUUUUUUCACUUUGCUUCAUGCAGCAGCAGCAAUAUAUAUUUUUUUUUUUGCAGCAAAUCCCGUUAUGGACAGGAGUAGAGAUUUAUCUUUAUUGUGGGGUGGGCAGGGCUCUGGAUUUGAAAGCAAACUUGUAGCAUCUUUAAAGAGGCAGCUGCGACUUUAUUUGGUCCUCCCCAAACCAAGAUUGACAGGUUUUUUUUUUUUCCCAUCCCUAAAUUAUAAAUUGUUUAUUAAAAAAUUUAAAACACAGUACUUGGGGUAAUGGGAAGGCAUUUUUUUUUUUUUUAAUUUCUUCAGUUUUUGUUAAAACAGAUUUUCAGGAUUUACACUGAAGCAAAACCAAAAAAUUUGAGUGAGUGAGUGAGUGAGUGAGUGAGUGAGUGAGUGAGUGAGUGAGUGAGUGAGUGAGUGAUCUACCUACUGUGGGAUGGCAUCAUUUGCAUGCAGCCUCAACCCAACUUGACUAAACAUCGCAUCAGCACUUGCUUCGUUACAACUUCUGCUCUUAAAAAAUAAAAUAAAAUUAAAUCUGUCUUGUUGAAGGUUUGACGCUGCAUGUAAAUGUCAUUUGUUUUCUUUUUCCAUAUGCAGAGAUUUGUGUUGGUGAUAGUCUUAAAUUUGAAUGAGAUGUUUGUUUACAUUUGCCAGGCGUGUGAGCUUCCCGACUUUCCAACUCUUAACGGCAAAUGUCAUUUUUUUUCCCCCUAACUGUUUUGCCAUUUUCAUUCCAUGAUCUCCAUUGUGACCCAAUAUCAGCUUGGCUUUAUGUAUUCAUUGAAUGCUUUCUUUCCACAAGUCAUUCUGUCUCAAAGCUGGCUGAUUGUUUUUUUUUUGUUUUGUUUUUUAAACAUAAUGAAAUGAGGUUGAAAUUAGCUUUAAAAUUGUUCAGUAAAAAAAGGCCGAACGACAUAAAUGCAGGUUGUGCUGGGUCACAAUUGACAUCAAAUAGAAUGCCAGUAUGAAUGGUGACUGUUAUAUUUGAUUUUGUUGUCUGAUACUUUGACUUCUUUUGUGUGUGUGUGUGUGCGCACUUGACUCUUUUGGGUCCAGUGUGCAGACUUUCACAGCCCGUUAAGUGAAGAAUAACUAAAGGGGCACUAAAAUUACAUUUGGGAGUACUGCCUCAUGUUCCAAUUGGUAAAUGUUGCUAAAUUUAAAAAUUCUAUGAGGUGAAAAGACAAAAUUUAUUUUCCAUGACUGAAGCACUAACACAAGCUUCCAAAGCUUCAGGCAGUUUCAGCUAAAGUCCGUCAAAAAUUCGAAGUACUACUGAAGUUCCUGCAAAGUGGCUAGAUAAUUGGCUUUGAUUUGUACAACACAAUGUGGAGGAGUGGUAACAUGAUUCUGAAUUUCCCCGCAGAUAAAAUAUGCUGGUGAUUGUAUGAAUUCUUUCGAAAAUCCCAUUAGUUGUUGUCAUAGUGCUAAAUUCAGGGUUAUUCAGUUAGUUUUUCGGCCCACAGACAAACUUCUUGACACUCAACAACUUCGAGUUGAACAGUUUAAAAAAAAAAAAAAGCUAGUUUGCCCCCCCCCCCCUCUUUUUUUUCUUUUUAUAACGACAACAAUUUGAAUGUGUUUUGAAGAAAAUUGUUCAUCAUUGCUCUUUCAAUUUUCUUGUCAUCAAUGUAUUUGAGAUUGCAUUACUAUUUGUAAUUUCUCUAAGGUUCACCCAGCAUCCUAAUGCUUUGUCCUGGUUUCUUUUUUUUCCCUAAAAUGACCAAAUCUGUUGAGAAACACUGGGUAAUUCAGCAAAUAGUGUUUCUCACUGUCCUCCACUAUUGUAAUUUGGAACUAUUUGCAGGAAGUGUGAAAUUCAAUAAACUGAAAUUUACAGUC